CCUUGCUGGAGCUGGUAAACCCUGCUGGUUGUGGUAAACCCUGCUGGGAUUAGUGGACCUGGUAGACCCUGCUGGACCUGUUAAACCUUGCUGGGAUUGGCGGACCUGAUAGACGGGAGAAGAUUGUCAAGACUGCUGAACCUGGUGCAGAACCCGAGUAGAAAAGAAUAGCAGGUAGUCGGGUGGACAGGAAGUGAAAACCAUGCAGGCUCCUCCCUCCCCCCACGGCCCCUCCUUCUCAGUGCAGACUUCCAGGAAGUUCCCCUUCUUCUACCUGGUCAAACGGUGCAGGUACGAGGCGGAGGACGGCGUCUCCUUUUCCCGCCUGCGGCUGGACGACUUGGACGUGGUCAAGACGCUGGGAGUGGGUGGCUUCGGACGCGUGGACCUGGUGAGGCCAGACGGAGCUGGACUUUGAGGAGGUCACAUGAUGCUGGUGUGCUCAGGUGCAGCUGAGGAGCAACAAGGCCAGGACCUUUGCCAUGAAGAUGGUGAAGAAGCAGCAGGAGCACGAGCGUUCAGAGAAGGUCAUCAUGAGCCAGACAACCUGCCGCUUUGUGGUCAGGUUGUACCAUACCUUUAAGGACAGCAAGUACCUGUACCUGCUGAUGGAGGCGUGUCUUGGUGGCGAGCUGUGGACGCUCCUGAGGGACAGAGGUUCCUUUGAUGACCUCACCAGUAGGUUCUACGUGGCGUGCGUCCUGCAGGCCUUGUCUUACCUGCACGCCAGAGGGAUCGUGUACAGAGACCUCAAACCUGAGAACCUCCUUGUGGACAGCGCUGGAUACGCCAAGCUGGCAGACUUUGGUUUCGCCAAGAAGAUGGGCUUUUCUAAGAAGACGUGGACCUUCUGCGGAACUCCCGAGUACGUGGCCCCAGAGGUCCUCCUCAACAAGGGCCACGGCCUCUCAGCGGACUACUGGUCUCUGGGCGUCCUGAUGUUUGAGCUGCUGACGGGCAGCCCGCCGUUCUCCGGUCCGGAUCCGAUGAAGAUCUACAGCGUCAUCCUGGGAGGCAUAGGUUUGGUGGAGUUCCCUGAGACGGUCACAGAGGACGCCAGCGACCUCAUCAAGAAGCUGUGCAGAGACAAGCCCAAGGAGAGACUUGGAAGCCAGAGGCACGGAGUCAGAGACAUCCUGAGACACAAGUGGUUUGACGGCUUUGACUGGCCAGGUCUGAAGAAAGGAACGCUGACUCCGCCCAUCACACCUGGCGUUUCCUCAGCGACUGACACCAGAAACUUUGACACGUACCCCGAAGACGGUGAGGCGGCGCCCCCAGACGACAACUCAGGAUGGGACAAAGACUUCUAGAACCUCAACAA